AUGGGGCGCGGGGCGGUGCUGGCGGCCGUCGCCUACGCGGGACUGGUGUUACUGGGAGCACUGGGGCUGCAGGCGCUGGAAGGGACCGCCCCUCCCGCCACCCCCCACCGCGACACCGGGACCCCCAACGCCUCCCGGUGGGACCUGGCCACCGCCCUCCUCUUCGUCACCACCCUCCUCACCACCGUCGCCUUCUGCAUGGUCUACUCCGUGGUGGGCGUCCCCAUCACCAUGUUGAUGUUGACGGCAACCGUGAGGCGCCUGACGGGUCCCUUGGUCAACCGGCCCCGGUUGUACCUCCAGGCGCAGUGGGGCUACAGCCGGUGUGGGGCAGCCCGCGUCCACUUCGUCUUCUUGGUGGGGGUCACCUUAGGGGUCUUGGUGCUUCUCCCCGCUGCCGGGUUCUACGUCCUGGAAGGUUCCUGGACCUACUUGGAUGCCGUCUACUUCUGCGUCAUCUCCCUUUGCACCAUCGGGUUGGGGGAUCUCGUGCCGGCCGAGCAACCGGGUCAACCGUUGAGGCAACUCUACCAAGUGGCCCUGGCUGUGUAUCUGCUGCUGGGGCUGACGGGCGUCCUGCUGUUGGCGCAGACCUUCCACCGCUUGGCUGAGCUCCACGGCGUCACUGGUGGCAUCUUCUCAGCAGAUGAAGGCGCCGAAGAAAGCGCUGGGUUGUUGGAGGGGAUGAAGGAUGGGGAGAAACCAGCUCGUGGGGGGGCCUCCGUCAACGGGUAGCACCAGUGACACCCCAUGGUGGCCCCGGAUGGAGAUGGGGGAUGCCGUGGGGUGGGGGAGGACAAUAAAGGGUCCCCAAAGCA